AAGGGGCACUCCCGGCCGGCCGUGCAUGCGUGCUAGUUUGGCAGAGAAAUCCGCUCCCCCGUCAACAGUCAACACUCCAGACUCAACAGUCUCUCCUGCGCUCCUGCCCCUGUUGGUUUGUUGGAUUGCCAAUCUGGGAUUGUUCUCUCCCAGUUGCAUUCCUGGCCAGGCCCCUUUUCCAGCCGACUUUCCCGAAUCCCGUUCAUUCCCCGAGUGACUCAGUCCUUCAGUCCAGGCUCAACUCUCGCCACACCUCUGCUCGUUUGUGCCCGGAACCCAUGGGUUUGAUGGCCUCUUGGGGUCAGCUGGGCUCUUCCCUGUACGGCCUCAUAUCUAAAUCAGCCUCUCGGUUUCAUUGAGCGAGUGCGAGUCCAUGGUGAAUGAGGCAACUAUGCCUUCUCCCGUGUCAUCCAAGAUCCCCUUACCCAAGACCCGGCGUGUCAACGCCCCACCCACCACCCCCGAUGAGUCUGCAGCCCAUUCGGCGGCCGUCUCGGCCAUCUCGCGUAUCCCUCUACCCACGCCGAGCACGCUCUCGCCCCAUCGCAAGGCUCCGCCUAUUCCUGGCGCGGGUAGCCACGAAUCGGUUCAACGAUUGGGGCGCUCCAAUGUGGAGAUGCAUCCGGGAGGUCGAGCUGUCACGGCUGUGUCGGGUUCCGAUCCGGCCGUUUCGCCCUCGUCCACCUCUUCUUCUUCGUCGUCGUCGUCUUCGACGUGUGGCGUCAAUUCUUGGCGGAAGGAACCCAGCGCCACCUUCGUCCGUCGACUGAGUCCCCCUUCGUCCUCGGCCAUCCGACAUGAUGCCACGGAGUCGGUCGAGCACACCCAAGGAGGGGGGCGUCGGAUGGCACUGGAAGAUGAAGAAUUACCCCCCGCCCCUUCAUCUCGCAAAGGGUCACUUACGUCCACGGGUUCGGGUAGCCAAUCUGCCGCCUUCAGCCCGAGCCGUAUUCCUGUGGCCAGUGAUUACAUAGUGGGGGGGGCCAAAUCUCGCUCGUCGUCCGUCAGUCUGGAUUCGAAUCGAAAUAGCCCGGCUCGCAAACUCAAUCCGCCUGUCCGGGCUAGCGAGGUCCGGACGAGUCCCACGAAAGACGGCUUGCAAUUGGACCUCGGCAGUCGCAUCCCAUUGCCGCGGACGGCCAAUGGGGGUGGAAAGAGGAGUAGUCCACCCAAGACCGCCCUGCCCACGGUGGGCUUCAGUUUCUCACCCGAGCGAAUGGUUCAAGAACGCGGUUUAGGGGAGGAAAACUCACGGCGAGCCUCCACCUCCAAUUUACUACCCAAUCAUCAAAAUGGCGAAGUGGCCAAACGGAAGAAGUUCGAGGCGUUCAUGAUGACGGGCGAUCGGAUGAUCAAUCUGGCCAAGACGCCAGCCAAUUCAGAGUUCAAAUCCAAGUACCAGAAGUCCGUUUCCGAGUCGCAUAUGAAGACCUUAUCGCAGUUGGACCAAGAGGAACUCGAACGUCAGCGUAUUUCCGAGUUGGAAGACGUGCCCGAGAAUGGCUAUGGAGACGGACAUGAUGACCGCAGUGAUAUUGUAAAGAAACGGGCCCAGCCCUCGGCUCGUCGAGCUCUGGUUCGCUCGUCCAAAUCCGAGGACCAGCUGAAUUAUGAUAGCGUGCAGUGCAGUCCUCCGGACGAGCCGUUCGGCUCUGUUAAUCCACUUCUAGAUACGAGUGGAAUCGAGGCUCUCGAUGAAAGUGCUUGGAUGACGCACUCCACUCAUCCCACCUCGCAAGAGGCCCAUUCCCAACCUUCGAGUCCCAGCGUUGACACGAAUAGCCUCGCUUCGGGUUCGGAGCAUUAUGAUCCGGAAUCGGUGUUGGCCAACAAGAUGUCACCCAAAUCUUCGAGCUCGCCGGACACGCCCGAAUGGUCCAUGAUCGACUCAUUCCAUCAGAAAAACGGCCAAACGUCAUCUGGGGGUUGUCCUUUAGCCUCGUUUGACCGGCAAGAGUCCCUCGAAGAAUCUAUCAUGAGCAAAGGCCACACCGUCAUCAUAUCCAUUGGGGAUCACCAGCCCAGCAAUGGCCAAGAUUCCAUAGCCAGUCCGGACUGUUCAACCAAUGGCACAAUCACACCUGAGCGGUCGAGGACUCAAGCGAGCCACUCCGCCGAACCUGGUCACGAAGCUCCUAAUCGACCCAGCAGUCCCAGUCUUUCCAAUCGAACCCAGGGCUCGGGUGAGCACUCACCCCCGCCAUCAACUGCUAGUGAUUCCCCGGUCCACCCUCCGACUGUCCAGAUGAGUCAGAGCAUUCUGACCAACAGUUCGGAGGAGGAUUCGGAUCUGGAUAGUCUCCAUAGUUAUCACCCGCCUCAGAAAGUGAUUGACACCUCGAGUGCAGCCAGAUUGGCCAAGCGUUUGUUCUACUUGGACGGGUUCAAGAAGACCGAUGUGUCGCGCCACUUGAGCAAGAACACGGACUACAACCACGUGGUGGCCGAAGAAUAUCUCCGGUACUUUGACUUUGCGCAAAAAUCCCUAGAUUCGGCCUUGCGUCAGUUCUUAACCCACUUUUGCCUUGGGGGAGAGACCCAAGAGCGAGAGCGCGUGCUUUUUCACUUCUCCAAACGCUUCCUCGAAUGCAAUACCGAGGUUCUGGGAACCCAAUUCAAGUCCCAGGACGCCGUCCAUACUCUCACGUGCGCGAUUAUGCUCCUCAACACGGAUCUACACGGCGACAAUUUGCAGCGAAAGAUGACCUGCUCAGAGUUCGUGGCCAACUUGUCUGAGUUGAACGAGGGGAAGAAUUUUCCUCGAGAGCUUCUCCGGAGCAUCUACAACUCGAUCAAGACCUCGCCCAUUCCUUGGACGUUAACCGAGGAACUGAUCUCGUUUCCCGCGGUUCAUGGUGGCGAUCAGGCCAAGGGUGGAGCGAUGAGCGGACAAAAGUUGGCCGGGGUGCCCGGUGACAUGGUCCAUACCCAUCCCGACACGAGCCACGAAGCCAAGGAAGUGAGCAUCGGAAGUGGCGUGGGUGGGUACAAUCCGUUCCUGAGUCUGCCCGCGCCCAAUACUGCCACCAACUACAAGACCGGGUUCGUGAUGCGCAAGUCGUGCUUCGAUGCCCACGGGAAGAAGACCAAACUUGGGAAGCGCUCGUGGCGUAUGUUCUUCCUCAACCUGCAGGAUAUGGUGCUCUACUGCUUCAAAGACGAGAAAGCCGUGCGGAAUGCGGCCUCCUUUGAGGACCUGAACUCGGCCAUCCGAGUCCAUCACGGAUUGGCCGAGUGUGCCACUGACUACACCAAGAAGCAGUUCGUGUUCCGUCUCUACACCGCCGACCAAGCCCAGUAUUUGUUUAAAACCUCGGACGAGAAAGAGCUGCUCACGUGGAUCGAGGUCAUCAACUACGUGGUGGCCAGCUUCUCGGCCCCGCAACUUCCAGCCCCGUGCUCCAGUGGGGAUCGCUUCCAGCGACCUUUGCUCCCCAGCUCGAAGACCAAAUUGACGCCCAAGAAGCAGCUCGAGUCCCACGAAAGGCAACUCAUGCAAUUGAAGGAGGAGUUGGAGCAACACUUGCAGAAUCCCCCGGGCAAAUCAAGUAAGCAGUCUGUUGUGUAUGCGCACAAGGAGAAGAGCGAGUAUCUCAAGUUCGAGAUCAACCGUUACGAUACCUACAUCCUUACACUGAAGACGAAGCAUGGUCGAUAGACGGAAACCAUAAAAGAUAGGAAGAGACACUUUUGUCUCAGGGGACCAGAUGUUGUGUGACGGAAAAACCACGAGAACGCCUUUUGUUUGCACCAUUGAUCAGUCGCCAAUGACUGUUAAGAGAUGUGGACACAAACGCACGGUGUGGGUGUUGCUGUAACAUUCAAAAUCGUGGAGUAAGUAACCAGAUCCUAUUUAAGAAAAGACAGUGAAACCGAAUCCAUCGCGAACAAAAUCGUAUUUAUAUGCUACCGCAACGUUGUGAUAUUUUCAAGGCCGUUGUACUUGUCGCGUACCAAGCAUUAUCAGCUCAUCAUUAUUACUAUUACUAUUCAAUCAUACUUGUUUUGAAUCGUUCGGAAGUCCACCCGAUCCGGUCGUUUCCGUGCGUGGUUGUACUUAAUUUUGGAUCAAAUGCGCUUGAACCCUUCAAAUUUCUACAUACAAAUCGUGCUCUGUCUGGCUUUUAAUCUAUCAUUUGGAAAAAGACAUCCUUGCCGGGCUGUAAGACGCAACUGGUCUUGUUUUUUAAUUGUUUGGUAUGUUUACCUUGUAGUGGCAUUAUGAUCAUCUUCAUUCCAUACCCACUUUUUCCACACGCCGCCUUUGGAACCCGACUUGAUUUGGUUUCGCAUUCUCACUCUCAACUCUCGUUUUGAUAUUGGUGAAACCGAAAAAAGUUCCUGCUUGCCGUUUGGUUGCAUUCAAUACAACGACAUGAGAACUCUUUUAAAGACAAGCAAGAAUAUUUAGCCGAAAAAGAAAUCCUCUCCUCCAAAGAAUCCGUUUUCUAAUAGAAGUAGUUGAAUCACUCUACGAGAAUUCCCAAUAUUAUCAAACUCUAUCCAUCAAUCCCGUGCUAAACCAUUUCAGUUUGAAUCGAUACAUCUGGAACCAUGAUGAAAAAUACAUUCACUAUUUAGUUUCA